AUGGCCGAACCUACGGAAACGGAACGCCCAGUUCCCUACAGUCGAGCUUGUAUCAAUUGUGCCCGUGCCAAAACUAAGUGCAAUUUUGGUAGUAAUCAUAGUAUCUGUGAAAGAUGUGGUCGGCUCAAAAAAGAGUGUGUUCUAUCUCCGGUAAAACGGAGGCAAAAACCACGAGUCACUGCGGAACGACUUGAACAAAGAUUAGAUGGGCUCGUAUCUCUCCUGAGGACAAUUUCACCAAAUAAUCCUGUGGUUGAGAAUGCCCUGAAUAGUUUCCCAGUCCAAACUUCAAAUUGUCGUGCAUUAGGAUUCCAUUCUACUGCCCCAAAUUCUUGUGUGAGAAAUCCUAAUGAGAUCGCACCUGUUGAGCCAGGUUUGUCUUAUUUACCUUCUACCCCAGCUUCAAAUGCAGCUGCAUAA